UAGUUGCAUGCUGAUCUGCGUCUCUGAGUCUGUUUCUGUCACACUGAAGAGACGGAGCUGAGCGGAACAGGAUGCAGGCUAUCAAAUGUGUGGUCGUGGGAGAUGGAGCGGUGGGAAAAACAUGUCUUCUCAUCAGCUACACCACCAAUGCCUUCCCCGGGGAGUACAUUCCUACUGUGUUUGACAACUACUCAGCUAAUGUGAUGGUAGACAGCAAGCCGGUCAACCUGGGCCUCUGGGAUACAGCUGGACAGGAAGACUACGACAGGCUCCGCCCACUGUCCUACCCACAGACGGAUGUUUUCCUGAUCUGUUUCUCCCUGGUGAGUCCGGCGUCCUACGAGAACGUCAGAGCUAAGUGGUACCCGGAGGUUCGCCACCACUGCCCCUCCACACCCAUCAUCCUGGUGGGCACCAAGCUGGAUCUGAGGGACGAGAAGGACACCAUCGAGAAGCUGAAGGAAAAGAAGCUGGCACCCAUCACCUACCCUCAGGGCCUGGCUCUGGCCAAGGACAUAGAUUCAGUGAAGUACCUGGAGUGCUCGGCUUUGACCCAGCGCGGCCUGAAGACUGUGUUUGACGAGGCCAUCCGGGCCGUGCUCUGUCCCCAGCCCACCAAGGUCAAGAAGAAGGUCUGCUCACUGCUGUGAACGGACCAGAAAGAAGCGAACAAGAGAUUCAGACUGAUGACCCGAGGUUAAAGAAGAAGAUUCAAAAGUUCUGUUAUGUUUUUAAUAGAAAACUACAACUGGAUUUCCACUAUAAAACCACUAUAAAAAAAAUAAUUAAAACAGUAGCAAACCUUUCUGUACAGCACACUCUGAGACUGAAUUUUAAAGUGCAUUAUAGACAGAAUUUCUCUGUGAAAUAUACCAAUUUAUCAGAAUAAAUCACUAAAUGUGGAUGCGACAGACUGCCCCAUCACACACUAUAGAUUUAAAUGCCAGACCAGGAGCAGAAUUAUCCAAUGCAUCAACAUCCCUGCACACCAGACUACAUCUCACUGCCCUUUUGGGGGUCAACAAUAUAUACAGGUGUCUUGUGCAGCUUCAAAUAAUGAUAAAUUUGGUACUGAGUGCAAAGGUGGUGUUGCAAUAAAAUUGAUUCCGACUAUUGUUUUGAGAGUGGCGAACAACGAUAAAACACAAAGAUUGGAACUGUAGUUUUUGUAUGAGCAGGGCGCCUGAACAAUAUUGUAUUUGAAUAAAAGUUAUGAACAAACGUAUUAUUUGUUGUGAUAUUGAAAUAAAAGACAUUUUAUCAAGAAAAAA